AUGAGUGAAGACAAAUAUGUUUCUGAUGAUUUACUUGUUUUUAAAACUUUUGAAGAUUAUUCUCCACCAAAAUAUGAACUAUAUCAAGAUGAAGAAGAGGAAGUAACGAUCAAUAAUCAAUUUGCAUGGAUUUUAUUAUGGUUAAUAAACUUUCGAAUUAGGUUCAACAUACCAGAAACUGCAACUGACAAAGAAAUCACUUGGCCUCAAAAACCAAUUUCAUAG